GAGGAAUACGCAAUCGCAGAGAAAGAAACUGAGAAGCCAUCAAUGGUGGUUUAGAGAGAGAAAGAGAGAUGCAGACGUCGUCACUGUUUCGACGCCUGGCUCCGUCGUUGGCAGCUCGAUUUCGACAGAACCAGAAGCUUACAAGCUUCUCUUCUUCUUCUUCUUCUUCUGUUCUUCACGAUGCAACCACUUCCUCUUCUUCUUCUUCCCACGUGGAGCCUGUUCACAUGACCGAAAAUUGCCUUCGGAGAAUGAAGGAAUUGGAAGCCAGUGAAUCAGCAACUGCCCCAAAAACGCUUCGAUUGAGUGUAGAAACUGGUGGAUGUUCUGGAUUUCAGUAUGCUUUUGAUCUGGAUGACAGAAUCAACUCAGAUGAUAGAGUUUUUGAGAGGGAAGGAAUUAAGCUGGUUGUUGACAAUAUAUCAUAUGAUUUUGUGAAAGGCGCGACUGUUGAUUAUGUUGAGGAACUAAUUCGUUCAGCUUUUGUGGUGACUGAAAACCCUAGCGCAGUUGGUGGUUGCAGUUGUAAAAGUUCCUUCAUGGUGAAACAGUAAUUUCUUUUAUGCAGUGGAACUAGAUUCUGUUAGGAAACAUGAUUUUUGUACCUUAACAAACGAUUGAUUGAACUGAAGAUGAAAUAUAUUGCUUGUAUAAUGAUAUCAAUGUAAUAUUCACUUGUAUUUAAUAAAUUGUCAGGCAUUUUUAUCUAGCCUGUUCUGAUAAUAUGAAAUGAAGCUUGAAGUGAUAUUUACAUCGAA